AUGCUACCGAACGAAGUUUUCCAAGAUAUACUCUUCACGUGGGUGUACCUGCACCAGCACCAGGAGAUCGAGUCCAGGCAGGGGUUAAGAGGGCUUUGGUUGUUGGGAUCGGGAUUCAGAUGCUGCAGCAGGAUCCCGAGUGGUGGGCGUAGGUGUUCAUCUCUCGAAGUCAGCAACUUUUUGAUGCUUCCCAGCAUAGCUAUUGCAAUGAGAUUCGUGGAUGUAGCCGGUAGAAGUACAAAAUUUGAAUUACAAGCUAAGCAGUCACUCCUUGUGAAAGUAUGUCUUUGUGCCCUCGUCUUUUGGAUUUGCGACUUCCUCGUCACAUACACUAUGCCCAUUCUCCUUAACUCUGUCGGCUUAGUUGGCGUGCCCGGGUUUUUCGCCUCCGUUUGCUUCGUCUUGUUUGUUUUCGUGUUCUUGAGGGUUCCCGAGACAAAGGGCAUGCCUUCGGAGGUUAUCACCGAGUUUUUCGCUAUCGGAGGUCAAACGAGGCGCUAG